CCGCGCCAUGAGGGCCCGCCGCCCUGGGGGCUGAGGCGCCCGCCGCCUGCCGCGCGUCCUCAUGGAGGCCGGAGAGGAACCACUGCUGCUGGCAGAACUCAAGCCUGGGCGCCCCCACCAAUUUGAUUGGAAGUCGAGCUGUGAAACCUGGAGUGUCGCCUUCUCCCCAGAUGGCUCCUGGUUCGCCUGGUCUCAAGGACACUGCAUCGUUAAGCUGAUCCCCUGGCCGCUGGAGGAGCAGUUCAUCCCUAAAGGGUUUGAAGCCAAAAGCCGAAGCAGCAAAAAUGAUCCAAAAGGACGGGGCAGCCCAAAGGAGAAGACGCUGGACUGCGGUCAGAUUGUGUGGGGUUUGGCCUUCAGCCCGUGGCCCUCUCCACCCAGCAGGAAACUCUGGGCGCGCCACCAUAACCAAGUGCCAGAUGUCUCUUGCUUGAUCCUGGCUACGGGUCUCAACGAUGGGCAGAUCAAGAUUUGGGAGGUGCAGACAGGGCUCCUGCUUUUGAAUCUUUCUGGUCACCAAGAUGUCGUGAGAGAUCUGAGCUUCACACCCAGUGGCAGUUUGAUUUUGGUCUCUGCGUCACGGGAUAAGACUCUUCGAAUCUGGGACCUGAAUAAACAUGGUAAACAGAUUCAGGUAUUAACGGGCCAUCUGCAGUGGGUGUACUGCUGCUCGAUCUCCCCUGACUGCAGCAUGCUGUGCUCAGCUGCUGGUGAGAAGUCGGUCUUUCUGUGGAGCAUGCGAUCCUACACACUAAUCCGGAAGCUAGAGGGCCACCAAAGCAGUGUUGUCUCCUGUGACUUCUCUCCUGACUCUGCCUUGCUUGUCACAGCGUCUUACGAUACCAGUGUGAUUAUGUGGGAUCCCUACACUGGCGAGAGGCUAAGGUCACUCCAUCACACCCAGCUCGACCCUGCCAUGGAUGACAGUGAUGUCCACAUGAGCUCCCUGAGGUCUGUGUGCUUUUCUCCUGAAGGCUUGUACCUUGCCACGGUGGCAGAUGACAGGCUCCUCAGAAUCUGGGCUCUGGAACUGAAGGCUCCAAUUGCAUUUGCUCCUAUGACCAAUGGUCUUUGCUGCACAUUCUUCCCACAUGGUGGAAUUAUUGCCACAGGGACAAGAGAUGGCCAUGUCCAGUUCUGGACUGCUCCAAGAGUCCUGUCCUCACUGAAGCACUUAUGUCGGAAGGCCCUUCGGAGUUUCCUGACAACUUACCAAGUCCUAGCACUGCCAAUCCCCAAGAAAAUGAAAGAGUUCCUCACAUACAGGACUUUUUAAGCAGCGCUAACCAUCCUGUUCUUUGUAGCAGAACAAAUCUUCCCAGCAAGGGAAUAUGUGGAUCCAGCCGAACUGCUGGUCUGGUUACAGUAGAACUGUGGGGUUGUGACUAGAGUGUAGUCAGCUGAUCCCAGUGGACCAGUCAUGGACUUUUCUCCUCAUGGCACAUGCAACUCGAGCUCAGAGGGAGAUUCUACUUCUGAGGCGACAGAGCCUUACCUUACACCUGUGUCCACUUGUGAACGGUCUUUGUCAAUCUAGUGCAGUUAUUGAUGUUGUUUUGGUAAUAAAAGCAAGCAGGCCUCCAGAGCCUCUAGUGGAGGCAAAGUCCAAACGUCCUCAGCUGGGAGGUGACAGUUGGCAUAUAGCAUAGUACCUGCCACCCAUUUUUGGACAGCAGAAGCAAGAUUAAGGUUCCCCUGCUGUGGUCAGAGGUACUUUGAUGUUGGCUAGUGCCUCUCAUUGGCAUGAUGUUUCCGUGGAGCGGUUUGGUUUGUUAACCAAGCUGCAGGGGAAGCAGAGGCUCUGCUCCUGACAGAUACAUAAUUAUUGGCUUUUAUUUUUCUUUAAACAGUGGUGUGCAUGUGCAGGAAAUGACAAAUGUGUACGUCAGAUCAGAGAUUGUUCCUCUAAUGCAUGACUGUUCAGAUGGCUCCUGAGUGGUCAGUUGGCCAUUUAUUUAGCAUAAUAUUUAUUUGUAUUUUCUCAACAGAUGUUAAGGUACAACUGUGUUUUUCUCAAUGGUAUCUGAAAAGCAGAGCGCUUAUGUGGACAGUUGUAAAGCUGUGUCUUAGUUGUGUGGAGUUGGUGUUGUCAUCUCUUGGCUCAUACUCUUAUGUACAUCUGUCUGUGGCUUGAUCUCACUGGAUUCAUCUGCCAAUUUUAACUGCCCCUAAACAGACAGCUCCUUCUAAGUACUGUUCUCCUUCAGUGGCAUGCAGUUACCUAAUCAAGAGACCUCAUUCAGACAAAAUCUGCCUUAGGAAAGUUAAUAUAUUUUAAAUUAUUUUGAAAGAAAUGCAACAUCUUAUUCUUUGGCUUUUUUAAAAUUGAUGCUUUAUGGAGGCAGUGUUAACAUUGUAUGUGUUGAAUAGAGGAACCUCCUCUAUUGCUUGAAGAAAAACAUUGCAAAAUGAGGCUUUCAUUGAA